UGUGCGGGCCCGGGCCGGAGCCCCGCGGCGCAGAGGCCGGAGCGGAGCUGUCAGCAUGGCCGGUGGCCCUGAGCCCUACAUUGAAAUAUUUGAGCAACCCAGACAAAGGGGCAUGCGUUUCAGAUACAAAUGUGAGGGAAGAUCAGCAGGCAGCAUUCCAGGAGAACACAGUACUGAAAACAAUAAGACCUUCCCUUCCAUCCAGAUUCUGAACUAUUUUGGAAAAGUCAAAAUAAGAACUACAUUGGUAACAAAGAAUGAACCCUACAAACCACACCCUCAUGAUCUGGUUGGAAAAGACUGCAGAGAUGGCUACUACGAAGCUGAGUUUGGGCCAGAACGGCGAGUCCUGUCUUUUCAGAACUUGGGCAUUCAAUGUGUGAAGAAGAAAGACCUGAAGGAAUCAAUUUCUUUACGAAUCUCAAAGAAAAUUAACCCUUUCAAUGUGCCUGAGGAGCAGCUGCACAACAUCGACGAGUACGACCUCAACGUGGUACGGCUCUGCUUCCAAGCCUUCCUUCCUGACGAGCAUGGCAACUACACGAUAGCCCUUCCUCCUCUGAUUUCCAACCCCAUCUAUGACAACAGAGCUCCCAACACCGCAGAAUUGAGAAUUUGUCGUGUGAACAAGAACUGUGGAAGUGUCAAAGGAGGGGAUGAAAUAUUUCUGCUGUGUGACAAAGUUCAGAAAGAUGACAUAGAAGUCAGAUUUGUCCUGGACAACUGGGAGGCCAAAGGUUCCUUCUCCCAAGCUGAUGUUCACCGUCAAGUUGCAAUUGUGUUCAGGACCCCGCCAUUCCUCAGAGACAUCACCGAGCCCGUCACGGUGAAGAUGCAGCUGAGGAGGCCCUCUGACCAGGAAGUCAGUGAACCCAUGGAUUUCAGAUACCUGCCAGAUGAAAAGGAUCCAUAUGGCAACAAAGCAAAAAGGCAAAGAUCAACGUUGGCUUGGCAGAAGCUCAUACAGGACUGUGGAUCAAACACGAUGGAGAGGCCCAAAGUAGCCUCAUUCCCUGUUGUCACUCCUGAAGGGAAGCUGAUCAAGAAAGAACCGAACAUGUUUCCCUCCACGCUGAUGAUGCCGACAGGGUUAGGAGCCCUGUCCAGCCCAAGCCAGCUGUACCAGGGCUGCUCGCAGCUGGCGCACACGCCGGCGCUGGCCCCGGGCAAGCAGGACGGGCUGGCCCCGUGCUGGCUGCACAGCCCCGCGGCCCCGGCCGGGCUGCUCGGCUCGCACCAGCACAACAGCUUCAACACCGAGCCCCAGCCCAGCGCCCCGGGCAGCAGCAGCUCCCUGCCGGCCUUCCCGGACAGCGCCCUGGCCUGGCCCGACGAGAAGGACUCGGGAUUCUUCCGGACCUACGGCAGCACGAACGGGCUGGGAGCCGUGGUGGUGUCGGCAGCCGAGCUGCAGAACCUCCCCGGUGGUGCCUCCGGUGCCGGCAUGGUAGGCAUGGACACGGACGAGCUGAGCUGCAGCAGCAUCAGCCUGGAGAAGUUCAGCGCCGUGCUGGGAGCUGCCAGCCACCGGCAGCAGCUGCAGCUGCCCCAGGCUGGAUCCAACACGGGCAGCGGAGCCGCCGCUUUUGCCUCGCAGCCCGGCCUGGUCGAGCCCACUUACAGCUUCAUCGACCAGGAGGUGCUGAGCGAGCCCAGACUGUCCAGCGCCCACCAGGGCGGCCUGGCAGAUGGCCAGUUCUAUGACACCGACGGUGUCCACACCGAUGAGUUCUACCAGUCCUUCCCCUUCGAUAACAUUUUACAGAGCUAUAACCCGUGAGCCGGCGCUG